AUGAACAAGCCACUAAGCCUUGCAGUCAGGUACUUCCUCUCGACGAGAAGCAGAAGAUUCUUCUCUUCCAUCCCGGCUGAACUAACCAACAGCCAACAGAAACUCCUCAUAGAGCUAGCCAAAAGAACGGUUUCAAGGAUAGGGGAUGGCAGAACCUAUCAGAAAAUCACCAAAAUUCAGGAACGCUCAAAAAUAUUGAAGACACUCCAUGAUGAUUUAGAUGUAUAUACAGAGCUAUUCCAGGAAAGUGGAUUCAUCGAUGGCGGACUCAACCCAGAUAAAACCAUCCAGGAGGUGAAGUCCUCCUCCCUUAUGGACACAGACGAUGAUAUCAAGGAACUCCUACGCACGAUCGAAGAUGUUGGAAGCUUGCUCCUGCAAGAAGUGGUUGACUUUUACAAAAGCGUCGUUAACACGGAACAUCAUUUGGACACAGAAGAGGUGAAGGUAGAGAUCACCCCCGGAGUGGGGGGCCUCGAAGCCAAGCUAUUCUGCAACGACCUUUUCAGCAUGUACGAACAGUUCUGCAAAGAGAAAAAUUUCCAGUGCAAUCUCAUCAAAGGAGAGAGUGAGGACACCAAGGAUGGUUACAGAAGCAUCGUGGCAAUCAUCAAGGGAGAGCGCGUCUAUGAGCACUUCGUCCAGGAAAAUGGCAUCCACCGUGUGCAGAGAAUUCCAGUGAAUAGUAAAAAAAUACAAACUUCCACAUCUGUUGUAUUUGUAUCUGAUGAGGAAAGCUUAAAAAAAAAAAUUCAAAAAAAAAUGAACUUCGGUAAAAACGAUCUCCUUAUAGAAACCAAGAGAUCUGGAGGAGCCGGAGGACAAAGCGUAAAUAAAAAUGAAACAUGUGUAAAGAUACUCCAUAAGCCAACCAACCUUUCUGUAGAAGUACAAAAAACUUCUAGUCAAAUACAAAAUAGAAGUAUGGCUAUACAGGCACUGAAGAAUAAACUCUUCUCCUUUUACUAUCAACAGGAAAAGGAUCUAUACUUUAAAUACAAGAAGAGCCACAAGAUGAGUGGAGAUAGAAGUGAGAAAAUACGAACUUACAAUUUUGUUGGUAAUUUUAUUACUGACCAUCUUAGGAAUGUGCAGUACCCUGGGAUCGAUUUGUUCUUCAGGGGUGAUGGCCUCGUUCGUCUCGUUGAUCAUCACAGGAAGGUUUUCUAUCGACAACUCGUCGAUGAAACGUUGAGCUUCAUCUUGGCUCGCACGGAACAGUGA